GAGAGCUCGCGCGACUGACGUGGUACGUUCCGCCCGUUGCAGUUGCGCGCUAGCAAGAUGGCGGCGCUGCUGCCGCGCAUCGAGCAGCUAUCGGCGCGAGUGGUGCGUGUGCUGGGCUGCAACCCGGGACCCAUGACCCUGCAGGGCACCAACACCUACCUGGUGGGCACCGGGCCCAGAAGGAUCCUCAUUGACACAGGAGAGCCAGCAAUACCUGAAUAUAUUGGCUGUUUAAAGCAGGCGCUCAAUGAUUUCAACAUCUCAAUACAAGAGAUUUUAGUGACACACUGGCAUGCUGAUCACACUGGUGGCAUCUCCGACAUAUGUAGAAACAUCAAUAAAGGUUCCAAAUUUUGCAUUAGUAAGCUUCCACGCAGCCCACCUCGUGAAGAAAUAAUAGGAAGGGGAGAACAAAAGUAUUUAUAUCUGAAAGAUGGAGAUGAGGUAAAGACCGAAGGAGCCACUCUCAGAGUUUUAUAUACUCCUGGACACACUGAUGAUCAUAUGGUUUUGCAUCUCAUAGAAGAAAAUGCUAUAUUCUCUGGUGACUGUAUUCUAGGAGAAGGGACGGCAAUAUUUGAAGAUCUCUAUGAGUACAUGAAAUCAUUGGAAAGGCUGUUGCAAAUUAAAGCUGUCUUGAUAUAUCCUGGACAUGGCCCUGUAGUACAUGAUGUAGAUGACAAAAUUCAAGAAUAUAUUUCUCACCGAAAUAUGCGCGAACAGCAAAUUUUAAGUAUGUUCCAGAAGAAUGCUGAAAAAUCAUUUACACCCAUGGAGCUUGUAAAGAUGGUGUACAAGGAUCUUCCUGAACCCUUAUAUAAAGCAGCAGAAAAUAACAUCACCUGCCACUUAAGGAAAUUAGAAAAAGAAGGAAAAGUGUGUAUUAUGGGAGAGAGAUGGAGAAAUCCUAGUUCUGUAGUAAGAGCCAGUAAGCACAGUGAUUGAAAAGUCUCCCACCUUAAUCCGGAUUAGCAAUUUAUAAAUGUUACAAGUAACAACUAUAGAACCAUAUUGCUGAGCAACCAUGUGCAGAAUUAUUUAAUGGAGAAUGCAGAGACACUUUGCUAAUAUGUAAAAUCUGAACACCAGUUUUUGUUGGAAGUGCUUAGGAAAUUGUGGUGGUGUAAUUUUAAGUGAAUUUUAUACUAAUUACCAGUCACAAAUGAUUUUCAUAUAUUCUGCGUGAUGGAAAUUGAAGAAUACCUGGUUUGCUCAAUUAAUAAAGUGAAACUAGUGUGAAAAAAUU